AGAGGAGGAGGAGGAGGAGGAGGAGAGUGAGAGGUUUUUAGUCUGGAGUGAGUGAGAGGGAGGCAGAGUGGGCUCCAUCUCUCUAGCACAAAUGAACAAGGGAACUUUAAUGUGUAUCUAAGCUCACCCUCAGUGAAAAUGACUUCCUGCAUUCCUCCCUGGUCCAUUGGAUUUUCUCUUCUCCUGCGGCUCUGCUGCCUUCACUCCUCUGCCUAUCAGCUGCUGGAAGGUCUCGGUUCUCAAAGUGACUUGGACCUGACAGAGUUGAUUGGCGUUCCCCUCCCGCCCUCCAUCUCCUUUGUUACCGGUUUUGAGGGCUACCCUGCCUACAGCUUUGGUCCAUAUGCAAACGUGGGMCGCCUCACAAAGUCGUUCAUCCCUGACCCAUUUUAUCACGACUUUGCCAUCACUGUCACAGCCAAACCCACCACCCGACGUGGCGGCGUACUUUUCGCUAUCACAGAUGCCUAUCAGAAAAUUGUGCAGCUUGGUGUAGCUUUAUCUGAAGUGGAGGAUGGUGCCCAGAGCAUAAUAUUGUACUACACUGAUCCAGAAACAAGAGAUGGAACGCAGGAAGCAGCUUCAUUUAAAAUGGGAGACUUGACAGGAAGAUGGGCAAGGUUUACACUCACUGUACAAGGUGCUGAGAUCCGUCUCUACAUGGACUGUGAAGAAUACCACAAAGUGGCCUUCACCAGGAGUGCCCAUCCCUUGACGUUCGAUGCCAGCUCGGGGAUCUUUGUUGGGAAUGCAGGCGGUACGGGCCUCACCAGAUUUGUG